GUAGGUCAGAGUGGGCUGGAGUGAUGGUGGUGGUGGGGUAAGGGAAUAAAGGGUGGAACUGGGCCUCAGAAAGAGGCAGGAACAAAUAUCCAGACCAGGCAUUCAUAGUCUGCAGCGAGAAGACUGGCUGACUGACUGGAGCAGAGGACCUGAUCUGGAGACGGUGAUGGUUAAGAUUGUGUGUCGCCUUGGCUGGGCUGUGAUUCUCAGUAUUUUGGCAGUUGUAUAAUGUUGUGAUCACUUUCCUGUUGAAAUUUGAUAUGUGAUCACCCCCAUGAUGGAAUCUGCUGAGUGGUACCAGUGGCGGUGGAGCCUGUGAUGGCUCACGGCUCCCUCAGCCUUCAUCUCUCUACCUUCUGCCCCUACUUCCUUCCUGCUCGCCUUGCAAAAGUUGUUGGCUUGUUCCGGAUCCAGCAGCUGUCUCUUGUCUGACUUCUGGUUCUUGGGACUUGAGCUAGCAGCUUACCUGUCCAUCUUGGGAUUCGCCGAUCUUCCUGGCCUGCGAACGAGUCCCGCUCGCUGAUCUGCCUGUCUUGGGUUCACCAGCCCCUGCGGUUUCAGGAGAAACUUGGUGGUCUUGCCUGACGACCUUGGGGAUUCCUUGACCAUCACAACCUGUGAGCGGGAUCCCUGCUUUUCCACCUGCACAUCUUGGGUUCACCAGCUUCUGCGGCUCCGCGAAUUGGGAAAGUACUCUAUGCAGAUCCAAGGACUUGGGAUGUUUCAACCCCUUCAAUUGCAUGAGCUGUUUCCUUAAUAUAAAUCUCUAUAUGUAUAUUUAUAUGCAUUACUGGUUUUGCUUCUCUGGAGAACCCAGCCUAAGACAGAGAUAUUAAAAGAAACAUUCGAUUAGAAAUGGUGUUUAGGUCUAGACUAUAACUUAGACUCCUAUUGUUGUUGUCUGUCAUCUAGUCAACCUUGACUUGUAGCUACCCUAUAAGACAGAGCAGAACUGUCCCAUAGGGUUUGCAAGGCUGUAAUUUUUAUGAAAGCAGACUGCCACAUCUUUUGCCUUUGAAGCAGCUGGUGGGCUUGAACUGCUGACCUUUCAGUUACCUUUUAAUUCCAGCCCUUUUUCUCUCUAUGCUUCAGUUAAGAUAGUUUCCACUGCUAGUCAUCAAAUCCAUUGAUCAUGUACUUUGAAGUGAUUAAUUUGUUGUUGAGCCCACCUAGAGAUUUUUUUUGUAUUGUAUUUUAUUUUCCAUAUCCAGAAGUUCCAUUUGAUUCUUUUUUAUAUCUUCCACUAUACCGCUCAUGAUGUUCCUGUUUUUCUUUAAAUCUUUGAGCAUGUUUAUAAUAGCUGUUUUUAAAUUUGUGUUUGUGAAUUCCAUCAUUUAUAUCAUUUCCGGGUUUGUUUUUAUUUAUGAAUUUCUUUCCUGAAUUUGGAUUACCUUUUGAAGCUUCUUUGCAUGUCUAGUAAUUUUUUAUUGGAUGCCAGGCAUUGUGAUGUUAAGUGUUGAGUGUUUGGAUUGGUUGUUUUCCUUUAAAAAAUGUCAUUUUGUUUUGGUUGAUCUAACUAAGAAAAACUUUAGACCAAGUGUUAGAGGGACUGUCUGGAUCCAGGAAUUUCUGAUUUGAAUAUAAAACUCUCAUUCCUAGCUUCUUCAUGAUUCCCAAAUUCAGGUAUGCACACAAAGGCCCCUCUAAGGAUAUUAAGUACAUGCAUGCCUCACAGAUUCUGUCUAAAAAUAUAUAUAUAUAUAAUGUAUAUACUGAGACUUCUAAGCAGCCUCAUUGGAGGUAGAAAGACCAGUUUCUAGAAAAGGACAUCAUGGUUGGUAAAGUAGAGGAUCAGCAAAAAUGAGGGGAACCCUCAAUGAGAUGAAUUGACACAAGAGCCACAACAAUGGACUCAAACAUAUCAAUCAUGAAGAUGGCACAGGACCAGGCAAUGUUUUAUUUAGUUAUACGUAAGAUUGCCAUGAGUUGAAAGUGACUCGAUGACAACUAAAAACAACAACACUCAUCUAUUAGAAUGGCUAAAAUUAAACACACUGAACAUAGCAAAUGCUGGCAAGGAUGUGGAGGAACUGGAACUCUCGUACACUGCUGAUGGUAAUGUAAAAUGUUUCCUAUUUCACUUCCUAAUAUAAUUUUGGCAGUUUCUCAAAAUGUUAAACAUACACCUACCAUAUAAGAUGUCACUUUGAUGACUAAGGUGUGCCUGACCCAAGCCAUGGUCUUUUCAAUCACCUCAUAUGCAUGCAAAAGCUGGACAAUGAAAAAGGAAAACAGAAGAAGAAUUGAUGCGUUUGAAUUGUGGCAUUGGUGAAGAAUAUACUCUAGACUGCCAGAGGAAUAAACAAAUCAGCCUUAAAAGAAAUACAACCAGAAUACUCCUUAGAAUGGAGAGAUUUCAGUCCAUUUACCUUGGACACUUCAUCAGGAAAGACCAGUCACUAGAAAAGCACAUUAUGAUUGGUAAAGCAGAGGACCAACGAAAAUGACAGAAGCCCUCAAUGAGACUGAUUAACACAAUAACUACAACGAUGGGCUCAGACAUCCCAGUGAUCAUAAGAUGGUACAGGACCUGAUGGCACAGGGCUGGGCAACCUUUUAUUCUGUUACACAUAAGGUCACUGUGAGUCAGAGCUAACUUGAUGGCAGCUAACAACAACAACCGUAUGUUCCAGCCAUUCUACUCCUAGGCAUUUAGCCAAGAGAAAAGAAAGCUAUGUCCUUACAAAGACUUGAACAUGAAUGUUCACAGCGGUUUUAUUUGUAAUAGCCGAUAACUGAAAAAGAAAACAGAAACAAAUGCCCACUUAAAAACUUGGGUAUAUCUAUAUAUUGGAAUACUACUCAGCAAUAAAAAAUAAUGAACUAUUGAUAUGCACAACAUGGAUAAAUCUCAAAAUAAUAAUUAUGUUUCAUAAAAGAAACUAGGCCAAAAAAAAAAAAAAGUACAUACUCUGUUAUGAUUCCAUUUAUAUAAAAUUCUAGAAAAUGCAAACUAAUCUAUAGUAAUUAUCCUGGGGUUGCCUAGGAAUGGAAGGCGGUUUUGGUGGUGCUGGGAAGGAGAAUAGGAGAGAGCGAUUUCAAAGGGGCAAGAGGAAACUUUUGUGGGUGAUGGGCAUGUUCAUUAUUUUAGUUGUGAUGAUGGUUUCAUGGAUCUAUACAUAUAUUAUAACUUGUUAAAUUGCACACUUGAAAUGUACUUUUAAUACUAUUUUUAAAAAGCCAAAAGCAAAAGAAACCCAACCAUUUAUUAUUUUUCAUGGUAUGGUAGUUGUUGAUUGGCUGGUUCUGUGGAUCUGGGCUAGGCUCAGUUGAUCUCAGCAGGGCUUGCUCCUGCAUCUGUCGUCAGCUGGAGGGCUGGCUAGUCUAGAAAGACCCUGGCUGGGGAGACUCAGCACUCCUUCACAUGUCUCCCACAUCCCUCCGGCAGGUUAACCUGGGCAUGCUGGUAUGAUGACGACAGGGGAGGUUCAAAAGAGAAGAGAAAUGCACAAGUACUUUUGUUUAAGCCUUCGUUUGUGUCACAUUUAUUAUUGUCCCAUUGGCCAAAGCAUGUGACAUGGCCAAGCCCAGAUUCGGUCUGCCAAGGGAUUAAGAAGUUAUGAGGGGAAACGGCAUGGAUACAGGAAGACCAUUAAUUGGGUUAUUAGUGCAAUUAAUCUAUAAUGCACCUUAUCAAGUUUUUUAUUCCAUCAAGAAGAUGCUUUUAUGUGAUGACUUAUCACAUGUUACAUUCUUACAUAUAACUUAACAUAUCUUUUCAUCUUUUAUUGAAUGUGAUUUGGCUACUGAUUUUGUAUAUUUGCAUGAAUUCUUUAUAUGUGCGGAAUAGUAAGAUUUUGUGGUGACAUUUGUCACAUUUUCAUGUUCUGGUACGUUCUUCUUUUGCUAUUUGUUUUGUUUCGUUUGGCUAUAAAAAGUUUUAAAAAUAGCCUCUUUUUUUUUUUCAGUUGUUAUAUGAAUUUAACUUUCCUCUCUAGCUGGGAUAAAUCUAUCCUUCCCUUUUCUUUCUCGUUAGAAUGGUUUUAAAAAACACCUUACUGUGGUCUAUAUUUAUAAUGUUAACUCUGUAGCCAAAUUACGUUUUACAGCUGAGGUAACAGCACCUUAGAGAAGCUGGGAAGUUUGUUUAAGAUCAUGCCGUGAGCAAGUGGUGGAGGCAGGACUUGAUUCUCGCUGAGGUCUUUGAACUUAAAAUUCUACUCAGUACACAGUACCAUGACAAGAACACAUGGCUAAGAGAAAUGAUAAAAAUCUACAUUUUUGUGCAGAAUGUACUUUCUAUUUCCCCUCUCUCUACACCCAUUCCCUCCCCCACAAAGGUUAGCAUUAGGUUCAUCCAUCUUUAUGUAAAUAUUUUUAUUCAUUAAUAAUAUAUCAGGCGCUGCACUAGAUGCCGGGAACUUGAAGAUGACUGUUAUGGAUCCUACCCACAGCUCACAGUGUCCGUGAAUCAGUCUGGUGAACAGGAAGGCACUCGGAAGGGACAAGACGUGAGACAUGGCUAAGGAUGAAGACAAGACAGACUCCCUCCAAAUGAGUAUGAAGGGAUGCCAGACAAACAAUGGGUUUGUCCAAAACGAAGACAUCCUGGAGUGGGAGCCGGAGCCAGACCCAGGCAGCCCAGCAGACAACCUGCAGACCUGCGCCGCGGACACCUGCGCUGUGGACAUCCAUGGCCCCGAGGCGCCUGUGAAGCCCUUCGCAGGGAUGCCCAAGGAGGUGCUGCUCCAGUUCUCAGGCCAGGCCCGCUACCGGGUCCCCCGGGAGGUCUUCUUCUGGCUCACCGUGGCUUCGGUGGUCGUGCUCGUUGGCAUCACUAUAGCCAUCAUUGCCAUCUCUCCAAAGUGCCUGGACUGGUGGCAGGUGGGACCCAUGUACCAGAUCUACCCGAGGUCUUUCAAGGACAGUGACAAGGAUGGGAAUGGAGAUCUGAAAGGUAUUCAAGAUAAACUGGACUACAUCAGAGAUUUAAAUAUAAAAACCGUUUGGAUUACUUCAUUUUAUAAAUCAUCCCUUAAAGAUUUCCGACAUGGUGUUGAAGAUUUCCAAGAAAUUGACCCCAUGUUUGGAACAAUGGAAGAGUUUGAGAAUCUGGUUGCAGCCAUACAUGAUAAAGGCUUAAAAUUAAUCAUUGAUUUCAUACCAAACCACACCAGUGAUAAACAUACUUGGUUUCAAUUGAGUCGGAACUGGACGGAAAAAUAUACUGAUUAUUAUAUCUGGCAUAACUGUACCCACAUAAAUGGUGUGACCACACCACCCAACAACUGGUUAAGUGUAUAUGGGGACUCCAGUUGGCACUUUGAUGAAGUGAGAAAGCAAUGUUAUUUUCACCAGUUUAUGAAAGAGCAACCCGAUUUGAAUUUCCGCAAUCCUGUCGUUCAAGAAGAAAUAAAAAAAAUUAUACAGUACUGGCUCGAAAAGGGUGUCGAUGGCUUUAGUUUCGAUGCUGUUAAAUUUCUUCUAGAAGCAAGAAGUCUGAGAAAUGAGAUCCAAGUGAAUAAGAGCCAAAGUUCGGACACGGUCACACACUACUCAGAGCUGUACCAUGACUUCACCACCACUCAGGUGGGAAUGCAUGACAUUCUCCGGAGCUUCCGGCAGACUAUGGACACCUACAGCACGGAGCCUGGGAGGUACAGGUUCAUGGGGGCUGAAGCCAAUGGGGAAAGUGUUGACAGGACCAUGAUGUACUACGGGCUGCCUUUUAUCCAAGAAGCAGAUUUUCCCUUCAACAGUUACCUCACCGAGCUAGACACUCCUGGGAACAGUCUAUUUAAUACAGUCAUCAUGUCCUGGAUGGAAAACAUGCCAGAAGGAAAAUGGCCUAACUGGAUGACUGGUGGACCGGAUAACUCUCGGUUGACUUCUCGUUUGGGGAAAGAAUAUGUCAAUGUCAUGAAUAUGCUCAUUUUAACACUCCCCGGCACUCCCAUAACUUACUAUGGAGAAGAAAUAGGAAUGGAAAAUAUUUUAGCCACAAGUCUCGAUGAAAUCUACGAUGCUAACACUCUUCUCUCAAAGUCACCAAUGCAGUGGGACAACAGCUCAAAUGCUGGAUUUUCUGAAGGCAAUCACACCUGGUUACCCAUCAAUUCAGAUUACCACACUGUGAACGUUGAUGUCCAGAAGACUCAGUACAGGUCAGCUUUGAAGUUAUAUCAAACAUUAGCUUCACUUCAUGCCAACGAGCUGCUUCUCAGCAGGGGCUGGUUUUGCCAUGUGGGGAGUGUGGGGGAUGACAGCCAAGUCGUCGUGUACACGAGAGAGCUGGAUGGCAUCGACAGAGUCUUUACCAUGGUUCUGAAUUUUGGAGAAUCAACAUCCACGGUAAAUCUAGCAGAAAUGAUUUCAGGACUUCCGGCUGCUGUGAGCGUAAGGUUAAGUACCAAUUCAGCCUACAACGGCGGUACCGUUGAAACCAGUGCCAUUGUGCUGGACAAGGGGGAAGGACUUAUCCUUGAAUACAAGACAGAGAAUCCCCUUCACGGCCAAACGGCUCUCAGGGACAAGUGUUUUGUUUCCAGUCGGGCAUGCUACUCCAGUGGAUUACACAUAUUACACAGCCUGUGUUAG